AUGCCGAUCAAUUGGACUGGCGGUAAGAAACACUUGCCAUUGCGAGCCAAAAGGGAUGCUCUCAUACCCAUCCCUUUGACUCAUCAUAUGCGAGCACAGCGAAACUUGCUACAUAAAUGGCAAACACUACAUCCUCAUCAAAAACACUCAAAGGAGAGACAAAGUUUGAAUACUUCCUCGACAACAGAUAAUCAAGCCAGUCGCUACAGGACUUCCUCCAGUCUCGAUGAUUUCAAAGAUAUCAGCAAGAAAGAAUUGAACUACAAAAGGGCUAAGAUCCUAGCCAAGCCAAGUUGGCUGUUACCAUUCUACCAUCCAGCGAUCAAACUCAAUAAAGUCACAGAAGCUUCUUCCAAUAUUUCAGAGGAAGAGAGCUCAUUUUUGUCUUAUGAGGAGAGCACACAUCUUUCUACUACAUCGGAUGCAAACAAAAGCGUUCACUCUCAAUUAUAUCUUACGAAUCGCGAAUCGCAUGACUUCACGCAAUUCAAACGGUGCCAUUCUGUUCCUUAA